CACGCACACACGGAAGAGUUCUGUGGAGAAACAGAUUACAAAAGCUGACAUUUUUAUUUUCCUGCGAAACUGGUUCCGGAGGGAAGUGGUAGUACUCCAGUAAUCUAGUGAGCUCCAAGAGCCUCCAUCAUUUCCCUCUCCGAUGGCCCCACUACUUUCCGUGUGUUAAUGGGUACAGCUUUUCCUCUCGAUUUCCCCAUACAUUUCCUGAUUCAUCUCAUCUAGGGUUCAUGUUUUCUCAUCAAGUUCUUCAAAAAAAAUUCUUCGAUUUGUGGGAGAUUCAGGGAUUCCUGAUUCUGUAUAAUGUUGAAGAAUAACUACUGUCUAUUCUGGUGGAUAUCAGCUACCAAGUGUCUCAAGAUGUUUGGUACAACUAGUUAAGUGCGUAAGAUAUGUCUGCCAUUUGGACUAACAAGGUGAUUGGAAUAGAUUGGAUAUUAUUUCACCAUUGAUCUAUGCUGUCUGUCUCUGUCCAUCAUAUUCAGUUGGCGAACUUUGAUGGAAUUUCCCUUUCCUGAACAAAAAAGUGAACUUGAUCCUGAUAGACACCCUUUGCUAAUGGAGAGAUUGGAAAACCAUAAUGACAGUGAACAUAUCAUUGACAUAGCAGUGAGAUCUCAUGAUGAUCAUCCCUCUGGAGUGGACCCACCACAGCUUGAAGAAAUACCAUCAAUAAGAACAAUAGCGCCAACUUAUCAAACAUUAUUGUCUUCUUCGAACAGAGGAAACUCCAGGAAUUCUUCAUCUAUAGCGAGAGGUGAUGGCUAUGCUGGUCAUGGCAGAAGCACAUUAAAUUCUAGGUUAUGGGUUUCCGUUGAGCUAUUUGUUACUGUUGGUCAAGUUAUCGCCUCUGUUGUCAUUUUAUCGUUGUCGAGAAAUGAACAUCCGCGGGCUCCACUAUUUGAAUGGGUUGUGGGUUACACAACUGGGUGUGUUGCAACAAUCCCUAUUCUUUAUUGGCGUUAUCGUAACCGCAUGAGGGCUACUGAGCAGGAUUCAAUCAGGUCAUGGCACGGCUCUUCUCAAAAUAACCCAUCAUCUGAACCUGCUUCUUACACAGCUAGUUCAAUUGCUCAAGGUUCAGAAGAGGGAAACCGUCAAACUGGGAGUUCAGCACCAAGGAUUAGUUGGAUUUCCCCACAUUUGAGCCCACGCCUGGUGGAUCGUUUCAAGAUGGCCUUGGAUUGCUUCUUUGCAGUGUGGUUUCUUGUCGGUAACGUAUGGAUCUUUGGAGGUCACUCUUCUCCCUCUGAAGCUCCAAAAUUGUACAGGUUAUGUUUAGUGUUCCUGACAUUUAGCUUUAUUGGGUAUGCCAUGCCAUUCAUACUAUGUGCAACAAUAUGUUUCUGUUGGCCCUGCAUAAUAUCAGUCCUUGGUUUUCGAGAGGAUCUUUCUCAAACCAGAGGAGCCACCCCAGAAUCCAUAAAUGCUCUACCAAUUUACAAGUUCAAGUUUACAAAAACUGGGGAUAAUCAGGAAACCAACUCAGGUAUUAGCGAUGGUGGCGUUUUUGCCGCAGGAACAGAAAAGGAACGUGCCAUAUCAGGAGAGGACGCUGUUUGUUGUAUUUGCUUGGCAAAAUAUGCAGAAAAUGAUGAAUUGAGGGAGCUACCUUGCUCCCAUUUUUUCCACAUAGAGUGUGUAGAUAAAUGGCUGAAGAUCAAUGCAUCGUGUCCUCUCUGUAAAUACGAGCUUGGUGAGAGCAAUGGGAAUGCAUCACCAUCGGCCAGAAACUCCAGCCCUCACCAGAGUGAGAGGAGACCAGGCAAUGGUGAAGGUGUGUACGGGACAACUAUGAUAUAGUUUUUGAUUUCUGUAACCUGAAACUGGUAUUGAAGCUUCGAGCAAAAAUUAUUCCGGUAGACAGAAAGGCCUACAAAUUGUUUUUCAGAGACUCAAGACUUUGGAAUCUAUUAUAGGAAGAACCCUCGAAUCCAUGAGAAAUAUAUAGAAAUUGUAUAAUGUUAUUGAUUCUGAAGGAUCCCAAUGAAAGGGUACAACUUUAUUUUUGACCCACAAAUUAAUAA